UAUACCUUUGCCUCUACUCUCGAGGUUUAGGGUUUUUGGGCAGCGAUGGCGGAUCUCUUCCAGGGACCGGCACCGCCGUGGUGCAUUGGCGCGGUGUUUCGAGCGCCACAUUUGCGAGCCGGCGCCGAUCGCGGGCCUCUGCUGUUUGAUUCCGUGGGAGAGCCUCAACAAAUACUGUCGACGGGGUGUAAGCUACAUCUCUUUGAUCAUCCGAUUCCUCCCCUUGAGAAGCAAUCACGCUACGCGGAGGAGGACGCAUCGAUCGGCUACACCCCCGAUUCUCUCCUCCACGGGCUCGUCCAGGAGGACACAGCUGCGAAGGUUGCUAUGAUCCACGACAGUAACAACAUUUUUGGAAACAGACUGGAGUGUAUGCAAUGUCAAGAUGGAAAGCUCCAGCUCACAUUUCCCGUUGGUGAGAACUUCAACAGUAUAGGAAGCAUACUUUGCGAGCGUGAUCCCGCUGGUCGCUUGUGUCCUCUAAAAAAGCAAGAGGACGAGCCGGACAGUGAGUGGCUCGGUGGCGUGAGAAUGUCAGUCUCACCAACAUUGAAUCAUCCCAUCCGCCAGUUAUCAGCGAUGAAGAUUUCGAAUUCAAGUGUAGAUGAGAACAUCCUAGUAGCUAGGACUCAGCAUCAAGUACAUGUUAUGAACGUUCUAAGAGAAGAAGAUCGUGUAUGCUUUGCUUCACGCUCAGUGACGACUUACCGCCAGGGUGUAUCUCAUGUGGUCUGGAGUCCUUAUAUCGAGGGAGAACUUGCAACUGUCCUGGAGUCUGGGGAGGUUUUCGUUUACAAUGUGCACUCCACUAAACAGUCUACAAACAAUCUACGAGCGAACUUUGUAGUACAGGCGCGCAUGGUCGAGGCUGCAACGGCCGACGGAAGUGGCGCUGCUAAGUUUCCAAAGGCUGUGGUUGCCGAGAUUUGGAAUCUCAGGCGGAGCUGGUGGCGAGUCGAGUAUGGUUGGCAUCCGAAGCUGCUUGUCAUAGCGAACGCAGAGGACAUUCUUUUAUCCGACUUAAGACAUGGCAACGCGACUACUCUACUUGGUACUGUUGGAAACAGCAAAAAUUACUGCCAUCAGAGGCGCUGCGAACAGGAUCGCUUCGUAGCUAUAGUGCGCCCUGAGGAUCGUGGUUAUCAUUUUGCUGCUGCAACUAUGGAACAUAUCAUGCUCUUCGACAUUCGCAGGCCAAGAAUGCCACUACUUCAGUGGGAACACUCAAUGCACGACGAUUCUCCCGGAUAUUUGUCUAUGCAUCCUCUGUCAUGGCUCCGGCCUGAGGAAGAUAAUGGCGCAGGAAGAGUUAUUCUGGCUGCGAGCUUUCGGUCUGGUGAUGUUCGAGCAUUCUGCUAUGGUCCUCAAGCGCCAUCUACUGCAAUCGUGUCAGGAGCAAGUUCCAGAUUUCGUGAGAUAGAGGAAGCGUACUGUGCGUGGGAUCUUCCGUCUAAGAUUUUCACUUCUCGUCCUCGGAAACUAUCCAUGACGGCACUUUAUGAUUCUCUUUCCACUGGAACGCAGGACAGCUAUAUUGAAAGCCUGUCUGGAGUUGCGGUUCUGCCUGGGGCAAAGACUGGUUUCAGCUUGUUGCAACUUACGGGUACAGGUGACAUUCUGAAUCAACCUUAUAUCGCUUCCAAGACCUUGAAGAGAGAAAAGAGCACUAAGUUGUGCGAGUAUCCUGAUCGUUUAAUAGCUAAGAACAAGAAGAAGCUUGUUAUGAAAAAUUGCUCUUUCCCAGCUAUGCUCAACUACGUGAAACACGGACUGGAUUGUCUUGCGGCUUUGGGGUCAUCUCAUGAAAGCAAACGGCUGAAGGCAACAGUGAUGGACCCUGUGGAAGACUACCAGGAUCGCAUAUACAAGGUUUUGUCGGACGUUGAAGUCUUUCUCUCGAACCAUGAGAUAUCGUUUAAGGUACUGCUCAUGGGUCUAUCAAAAGAUCUAGCACUACACGCAGCAAAGAUGCCGUCAAACGUCACAGGAUAUAUUGAUGUUACUGAUAGAACACCUUAUCUUCGACCACCGCUGAAAUAUUUGGAAAUGCAAGAAACUCCGGUUCCAGUUCCGUUGCCGGUGCUUCUGGAAAUUCAGGCUAAGGAAGGCAACAGAAAGGCAACAAAAGAGAGCUUCCAAGCUGCCUGUGACGCGGUUGAAACAGUAACAUCCAGCUUAAGAAAGAAACAGGAAGAACCAAUUGUGUCUCUUGGUCAAGGUGAAGAUGCAAGCUUCAAUUUGUCCCAGCAGUUACUAUUCCACUCAAAGCACUCAGAUUCUGGAGCAUCAUCGUCAUCGAGCACUGGCAGCAUGAAAUCCCAGAUUUAUGUUGGAUCACAAGAACUAGUUGGAGGAGAAGCUGGGUCGUCGAAAGUUUUCGGGCGACUCAAAUCAGAUGAAUUUGAACCGUCAACGUUUGGGGCCUUGGAGCGCUUGCAAAUGGACUUUGAGAAAUGGCAGCAAAACUAUGCUCCAUACGUAAACUACUGUAAAGGAAAACGUCUGUAAGGCGAGCCUCGGGAAAUACCGAUUCAACGCUUUCUAUUUACA